GGCAGCCGAGCCGCUCACCGCGGACGCCGGCUGCCCGUCAGCGCGCCCCCGGUCGGGCGGCCCCGGGUAGCGCCGGCGGCGAAGGGAGGGGGCUCGGAGGCUGGCCACCCCUCCCCCGGCUCUGGCACCGGCCCCGGCCCCGGCCCGGAGGGCGGCCACUUCCCACCCUUCCUCUCCCCCUGCCGGCCGAGCGCGCCGCGGGCGGGCCCCGGGGCCGGGAGCUGCCCCCCGCCCGCCCCCACCUCCCUCCCGGCGCCCGGGUUUCUCCUUCGGGCCACUCUCCCCCGCAACUUUCCGUGCUUUGUUCUCGGGCUGGAAAUGAUUUACGGAAGCGUCUUGGACAGGGUCUCCGCCAAGCGGCAAGAGCCCAGCGCCGAGAUGUGUUACGUUCUCAUCUACCCAUCAAUUAUGGAUGGAAACAAAUAAGGAAGAGUCAGUUUUGCACGAGCCCCUUUCCGGCGGCGAGAGGCGUCCUGCAGCCGGAGGGAGCCGCCGCUCGCGUCGCAGCCGCUGGCAGGGGGAUGGUGAGGAGGAAGGUAGGGGAACUUUAAUUUCCCGUCUUGACAGCGGUGAUGUUUGCUCCUGGUCUGCGGAAACUGAUACAGCAGCCGCCCUGGGUGAUUUGGAAGGGCUUAAAGCUUAAAGCUUUCUCUGUCGUGUUUAACUCUUGGAUUGAAAUGAAAGGUCGUAAAGGACUUGAAGGUGUGGAUGAAAACUGGGUUUGAAAAUUUUCUACUAAAUCGAUUGUCAGGACCGCUGCUGUCAGGUAAUUGUUUAAAUCCUGAACUUGUAAAGAGCGGAGCGAGGCGGGGAAUGAAGUAGCGGUAAUAAUUACAGCACUAGAGGAACUCUGGAGCGUCCGCCCAGCGCUGAGGUGACCGGUAGCUAAGUGGCAUUUCUGAGGAGGGGCUGCUGUGACCCGUGUUGGCCCACCAUGAGGUUCUUCCUGCUUUGUGCCCACGUGCUGCUCCUGAUGAUUUCCCAGUUGAGGGCAGUCAGCUUUCCUGAAGAUGAUGAACCCCUUCAUACUGUUGACUAUCACUAUUCAAGGCAAUAUCCGGUUUUCAGAGGACGCCCUUCAGGCAAUGAAUCGCAGCACAGGCUGGACUUUCAGCUGAUGCUGAAAAUUCGAGACACACUUUAUAUUGCUGGCAGGGAUCAAGUUUAUACGGUAAACUUAAAUGAAAUCCCCAAAACAGAAGUCAUACCGAGCAAGAAACUGACGUGGCGGUCAAGACAGCAGGACCGAGAAAACUGUGCCAUGAAAGGCAAACAUAAAGAUGAAUGCCACAACUUCAUUAAAGUAUUUGUUCCAAGAAAUGAUGAGAUGGUUUUUGUAUGCGGUACCAACGCAUUUAAUCCCAUGUGUAGAUACUAUAGGUUGAAUACCUUAGAGUAUGAUGGGGAAGAAAUUAGUGGCCUGGCAAGAUGCCCAUUUGACGCCAGACAAACCAAUGUUGCCCUUUUUGCUGAUGGGAAGCUAUAUUCUGCCACAGUGGCUGACUUCUUGGCCAGUGAUGCUGUUAUUUAUCGAAGCAUGGGCGAUGGAUCUGCCCUUCGUACAAUAAAAUACGAUUCCAAAUGGAUAAAAGAGCCACACUUUCUUCAUGCCAUAGAAUAUGGAAACUAUGUCUAUUUCUUCUUUCGAGAAAUUGCUGUAGAACAUAAUAAUCUAGGCAAGGCUGUGUAUUCCCGUGUGGCCCGCAUAUGUAAAAAUGACAUGGGUGGCUCCCAGCGGGUCCUGGAGAAACACUGGACUUCGUUUCUGAAGGCUCGGCUUAACUGUUCUGUCCCUGGAGAUUCGUUUUUCUACUUUGAUGUUCUGCAGUCUAUCACAGACAUAAUACAAAUCAACGGCAUCCCCACUGUGGUUGGGGUGUUUACCACUCAGCUCAACAGCAUUCCGGGUUCUGCAGUCUGUGCAUUUAGCAUGGAUGACAUUGAAAAAGUAUUCAAAGGACGGUUUAAAGAGCAGAAAACUCCAGAUUCUGUUUGGACAGCAGUCCCUGAAGACAAAGUACCAAAGCCAAGGCCUGGCUGUUGUGCAAAGCAUGGCCUUGCCGAAGCUUAUAAAACCUCUAUUGAUUUCCCGGAUGAAACCUUGUCAUUCAUCAAAUCCCAUCCUCUGAUGGACUCUGCCGUCCCACCCAUUGCUGACGAGCCCUGGUUCACGAAGACUCGGAUCAGGUACAGACUGAUGGCCGUUGCUGUUGACCACACUGCUGGGCCCUACCAGAACUACACAGUCAUCUUUGUUGGCUCUGAAGCUGGUGUGGUACUUAAAGUUUUGGCAAAGACUACUCCUUUCUCUUUGAAUGACAGCGUAUUACUGGAAGAGAUUGAAGCAUACAACCAUGCAAAGUGUAAUGCUGAGAAUGAGGAGGACAGAAAGGUCAUCUCAUUACAGUUGGAUAAAGAUCAUCACGCUUUGUACGUGGCUUUCUCUAGCUGCGUUAUUCGCAUCCCCCUCAGUCGCUGUGAGCAUUAUGGAUCAUGUAAAAAAUCUUGUAUUGCCUCUCGGGACCCGUACUGUGGCUGGUUGAGCCAGGGGGCCUGUGGUAGAGUGACCCCAGGGAUGCUCGCUGGAGGGUACGAACAAGACACGGAAUACGGAGACACAGCCCACCUAGGGGACUGCCAUGACAUGGAGGUAUCUUCAUCUUCUGUUACCACAAUGGCAAGUAUCCCAGAAAUUACACCUAAAGUGAUUGAUCCCUGGAGACCUAAACUGACGAGCUCCCGGAAAUUUGUAGUUCAAGAUGACCCAAACACUUCUGAUUUUACUGAUCCUUUAUCGGGUACCCCAAAGGGUGUACGGUGGGAAGUCCAGUCUGGGGAGUCCAACCAAAUGGUCCACAUGAAUGUCCUCAUCACCUGUGUCUUUGCUGCUUUUGUUUUGGGUGCGUUCAUUGCAGGUGUGGCGGUAUACUGCUACCGUGACAUGUUUGUUCGGAAAAACAGAAAGAUCCAUAAAGAUGCAGAAUCUGCCCAGUCUUGCACAGACUCCAGUGGAAGUUUUGCAAAACUGAACGGUCUCUUUGACAGCCCAGUCAAGGAAUAUCAACAGAAUAUCGAUUCUCCCAAAUUGUAUAGUAAUCUGCUGACCAGUCGGAAAGAGCUGCCACCCAACGGAGAUACCAAAUCCAUGGUAAUGGACCAUCGAGGCCAACCUCCUGAGCUGGCAGCCCUCCCCACACCCGAGUCUACACCUGUGCUUCACCAGAAGACCCUGCAGGCCAUGAAGAGCCACUCAGACAAGUCCCAUGGCCAUGGGGCUUCAAGGAAAGAAACCCCCCAGUUUUUUCCUUCCAGCCCUCCACCCCACUCCCCGCUAAGUCAUGGGCAUAUCCCCAGCGCCAUUGUUCUUCCUAAUGCUACCCAUGACUACAACACGUCUUUCUCAAACUCCAAUGCUCACAAAGCUGAAAAGAAGCUUCAAAACAUUGACCACCCUCUCACAAAGUCAUCCAGUAAAAGAGAUCACCGGCGCUCUGUGGACUCCAGAAACACCCUCAAUGAUCUUCUCAAGCAUCUAAAUGACCCAAAUAGUAACCCCAAAGCCAUCAUGGGAGACAUCCAGAUGGCCCACCAGACCCUCAUGCUGGAUCCCGUGGGACCUAUGUCCGAGGUCCCGCCCAAGGUCCCUAACCGGGAGGCCUCACUGUACUCGCCUCCUUCGACUCUCCCGAGAAAUAGCCCAACCAAGCGAGUGGACGUCCCCACCACUCCUGGCGUCCCAAUGACGUCUCUGGAAAGACAACGGGGUUAUCACAAAAAUUCCUCCCAGAGGCACUCUAUAUCUGCUAUGCCUAAAAACUUAAACUCUCCAAAUGGGGUUUUGUUAUCUAGACAGCCCAGUAUGAACCGUGGAGGGUACAUGCCCACCCCCACAGGGGCCAAGGUGGACUAUAUUCAGGGAACACCAGUGAGUGUUCACCUGCAGCCUUCCCUCUCCAGACAGAGCAGCUACACCAGUAAUGGCACCCUUCCUAGGACGGGACUAAAGAGGACACCGUCUCUAAAACCUGAUGUGCCGCCAAAGCCUUCCUUUGUCCCUCAAACCACAUCUGUCAGACCACUGAACAAAUACACAUACUAGGCCUCACAUGUGCUCUUUCCUGUGUGGCUCUAUCCUGUCCAUAUUGUUGAGAGGAUGAUGUUGUAAGGGUAUCUUAAGAUGAGACUCGCUUGUAUUCUAAGAGAACCAAGUGGCCAAAGAAACUCGUUCUAACUUUGGCAACAACAGAGUUUGCCACGUGUAGCGAUGGCAGCAAGGCUUCUGUGUACUCGCCUCGAAACAAAGGAAGGUGCUGGGCAUUCCGUUUCUUUUGUUAGAAGCUAAAGAGAUGUGUGGCUCUGAGGGGCUGCCUCAGCAGUGUGAAGAGCUGAUCCCAUACUCAGAAGCAUCUGUUAGCAAAUACUUGAAAAUGGGUUCAAUUUAGACUACCAUUACGUGUGGUCUUCCCAUUCAAUGUGAACAUUUUAAUAUGUAUGCAUUCACCUUGCCUCUUGCACAAAUGUUGAAAAACAAUGGUAAUGUCUCAAAGAAAUGAACUUACAGGUUACCAAACAGCUUGCUAAAAAUUCAGUCUUUGACCCAAACUGUAGCAUUUUUUUCAUGUGUGGCAUUUUUUUCAGGCCACCAAUGAACUGUGUUGCGUGUGUGUGCAUGUGUGUGUGUGUGUGUGUGUGUGUGUGUGUGCUGUACCUAGUAGGAUUUGUUUAGGUGCCCAUUGCAUCUUUUUGUGCUCUGGGGUUGUUUACGUUGAGUAUGACUGAACAAGAGACAAUAACAUCUUUCCAUAGCAGUCCAUUGGGUUCAGCUUUGAGAAAGAAAAAAGUCAAGUCUGAUUUGACCAUCAAAAUGAAUAACUUGACUUAUUGGUACCCAAUGCCAGAAUGUAAGAGUUCUAAAUAAUUUUGUGCUGCUAUUCAUUAAAACUUCUAUUCAACCUUGCCAGCUUAAGGAGAUAGAGAUGUUAAGAGGUAUCCUUGAUCUAUCCACCAGUAUUCAGCAGUAAAAUUUACCUGUCCACUGUGAGCCCAAGCCUGGAUCACUCUAUUUAACCUUAGACACACUAACAAGAUUUUAUUUUGAUUGUGUUUAGCUUCUCCCAUUAAGUAAGAUUUCUCUUCCUUUAACUCCUCCUACCCCAACAUUAAAAUAGAAAAAAACAAGAACAGAACAAAAAAGAAGACAAAAGUAGGAAAUGUGAAAGGAAUUGUAAUUGGCUCAGCAAAAACAGUCUAUGAAAACUGAACAAUGGUGCAAUCAUGUUGUCUACAUUGUGUUAUAUGAAAGUUUUUUCCUAAGUCAUGCAGGUAAUGACAAUAUACUGUAAAUAUUAUAUGUGAGUUUACCUGAAUCUGUGCAUUUUGUGCCUUAUUCAUGAGAAUGAUAGAAGUAUUAAAACAUGUCAAGUGUCUUCAGUAUAGCACAUCAUUUACUGAGUGCCAGUUGUAAAAGUUUUUCAGCCAGCACCUGAAAAGACUUUAAAAACCAUAAAAACAACCUAGAACAAUUAAUUGUAAAGCAAACCACCCUGAUAGCAGCAUUACAUCUUUUGUCAUGAAAACAUUCCACUCCUGCUUCCCUAAGGAUUAAACAGUGAAAACAUGAAGUCAGAUGAGGUUACCCAGGUAACAUGACACCUGCAGAAACCAUAUAGAGUCAUUUAUUCAUAGUUUUGCAGAAGCCACUUAGUUAAUUAUGUGCAACCCUGAUGACUGUUUCAAUUAAUAUGCUGGAUACCACACCACGGUUUAUUGAACCUAAUCUAGAAAGUAUCACAGGCAGAGGAACGCUCCUGACUUAGUCAAAUAAGUUCAACUGAUUUCUUGUGAUGACACUGAUGAUAUAUAUCACUUGGGGGAGGAUGGGUUACAGAAGAACAGAGCAUUUUCAUACAGAAUGUAGAAUACUGAUACAGUUACUCUUUUCCUUUGAGAAUAUUGUUUUAUAAAGAAUGUGAUUCCCUGAGAUCUCUGGAAGCUCAAAAGCUAGAACUUCUGUUCUUGAAACACUUCAGCUUUGCAACUAAAAUAUUACAGAUUAAUAAUAAAUUAAACCAACCAACAAUAAACACUACUCAAACACUACUCAGUCCACCGCCGACAAAUGUGUUUGAAUUCACCUUACCAAUAUUAACCCCAGCGUGUGGAAAAUGGAACAGUAACUCUUAUGUGAACCCGGAUAACAUUUUGUAACAUUGUGCUGCCUUGUAGUUUGUAAUGUGAGUUCUAUCAGUAUUUAUGUUGAAAUUUCUAACAUUAAAGAUCUAGUCUCUAUCCUGUUAAUUUAAUUUUUAAAUGCUUUAUCCAUUUGUGCAAAGGUAAACACAGAUUGUAUCUUUUUUAAUGGUACGGCAUAAAAAGUAACCCUAAAGUGAAGUGGCUCUAUACUGUUUUAUAGAGUACUUUAACAUGUAUAGAUAUCUUGUAAACUUGUAUUGUGGAUGUGUAAAUAAUAUGUACUUUGGGUUUUUAACACCGCAUGUAAAGUCAAAAUAAAAAUACAAAUCAUUA